GCAUGGUCUGGAGCUUCAUUCAAUUGUCUAGUCUUAGCCUUGAAUCGUAUAGUUGAAAUGAUUCCAUUUGCCAAUGGCCUACGCUUUCUUUUCGAAGGUAAGAAUUUGCUAUUGUGGAUGGCACUAUCUGUAGCAUACAUGGUAGUUUUACCAUUCAUAAAUCGUUCUCAUCCCUAUAACACAGUUGCGGCUGCCUACAUCCCUUCGCCUGUGAUUACGGACGACGAAGAAAAGGAAACAGCUCAUUACGUUACCCUGAUGGUACCAAUCCAUAAUAUCACCUUCGUUGUUGUGUUAUUGAGCCUUUAUACCAUUCUAUGCGUUUACAUCAUCAGAAUUCCACGCACUGCAAAAGGAAGGAAUUACAAAGUGCAAGUGCAGCUAUUCAUUCAAGUCUUUCUGAUCUGUUCUACGACUGCUGUAGCAGCGAUUCUUCACGUUUUGAUGAUAUUCUUCACUGUGUCACGUAAUGCUGUUGUUCUUGCCAAUGUUUUAUGGCAGUUGAGCCACGGUCUUCAUGGGAUCAUUUAUCUCAGUUUCAAUCACGAUAUACGUUACGAGGUGUUGAAGAUGUUCCCAAGAAAGAAGCAAGGAAGUUCAACACGUACUGUAUCGAUCAAUACCUGGGCCAGAGCGGAAAUAACAGGACCAAGAUUUUGGAUGCGAAAAUUCUGA